GGGCGGUCCUCUCAGCGCUUCGGGAGCUCUAUGGUUCUCACCGAGUCGCUAGAGGACGUUUGGUCCACUGGAGGACUCCCUACAUUCUUCCUCCAUUACCUCACUGCCUCCGGUGGAUGCUGGGAUAGAGGAGGACUCGGGUCCCGACUCGACUCGGUCCUCCGCCCGCCCCGGGAAUACCUCUAGUUCUUCCCCGGCCGCCGCCGCCCCGCCGCUUCCUCCUCUGCCCUCCCGCUGGCCUCCUUCGGGCGUCCUCACCCGCCUUGGGGCUCGGCUUUUCUCGGGAACCUCCACCCAGGCGCAUGGCUCCAUGAAGCAGGAGGAAGAGAAGGCAGAGCGCGAGAGGUCCCGUCCGCCCCAGCCGCGUCUGGGUCAGGAGAAAAGGUAUUGGAAGAAGGAAUGGAAUUGGAAAAAAGAAGAUUCAAUCCAGAGACAAAAUAGUUUCUCUUUCCUAUUGUAGCUGUUUCCUCUGGGACUAUAAACUUUCUGCUUUCAGGUUCUGCAGCAUUCCAGAUCACGAACACCAAAUCAGGAUGGGAAAAAGACGUUGUGUUCCUCCCCUUGAGCCCAAGUUGGCAGCAGGCUGUUGUGGGGUCAAGAAGCCCAAAUUAUCUGGAAGUGGAACACACAGUCACGGGAACCAGUCCACAACUGUUCCUGGCUCUAGUUCAGGACCUCUUCAAAACCACCAGCAUGUGGACAGCAGCAGUGGUCGGGAAAAUGUAUCGGACUUAACUCUGGGACCUGGAAAUUCUCCCAUCACACGAAUGAAUCCUGCAUCUGGAGCUCUGAGCCCUCUCCCCCGGCCCAAUGGAACUGCCAAUACCACUAAGAAUCUGGUGGUGACUGCAGAAAUGUGCUGCUACUGCUUUGAUGUACUCUACUGUCACCUCUAUGGCUUCCCACAGCCACGACUUCCUAGAUUCACCAAUGACCCCUAUCCUCUCUUUGUGACCUGGAAGACAGGGCGAGACAAACGGCUUCGUGGCUGCAUUGGGACCUUCUCAGCCAUGAAUCUUCAUUCAGGACUCAGGGAAUACACGUUAACCAGUGCACUUAAGGACAGCCGCUUCCCCCCCCUGACCCGAGAGGAGCUGCCCAAACUUUUCUGUUCUGUCUCCCUCCUUACUAACUUUGAAGAUGCCAGUGAUUACCUGGACUGGGAGGUAGGGGUUCAUGGGAUUCGGAUUGAAUUCAUCAAUGAAAAAGGCAUCAAACGCACCGCCACAUACUUACCUGAGGUUGCUAAGGAACAAGACUGGGAUCAGAUCCAGACAAUAGACUCCUUGCUCAGGAAAGGUGGCUUUAAGGCUCCAAUUACCAGUGAAUUCAGAAAAUCAAUCAAACUCACCAGGUAUCGAAGUGAGAAGGUGACAAUCAGUUAUGCAGAGUAUAUUGCUUCUCGACAGCACUGUUUCCAGAAUGGCACUCUUCAUGCCCCGCCCCUGUACAAUCAUUACUCCUGACACACGGCUACAUGACCAGUCCCACCCCCCUGUGGCCACCAAUGGCUAUGACAUCAUUGGAGCAGAUGCCUCCUCUUCCUGGUCCAGUUACUUCUAUUACUGCACCAUUUUAUGAUGCUAGCUUCCGUUGCCAAGUCUGCCUCCUGCUGACUGGAGGGUGUGGGGUUACAUGGAAUGCAACAGAACAUGAGGGGCCCAAGCCUUAUAUAAGCCUUUCCUCAAUCUGGGGUUCUGUUGGAACAGGGCUCCCCAAUAACCAGUGAGAAUGGCUGUGUGGGUUCAGAAGACCGCUGUCUGGUGAUUUCCCACAUAUGUGUUGGCUGCACACUGAAAACUGGAAUUGAUGGUGAUUCAUGGAGGCUUCCUCCCCAAUCCCCCACAGCCCACCAGAUCAAUUAGGUGUACUCCCCUGGCAGUCUGGGCAACGGAGACCAACAUGAACCACUU